UCACUGGGUGUUUCCUGUUGAACCUGAGCAGCUCCUCCAAGCCAGACUAGCUCCCCCCGCCCCUAUCCCCUAUAUCUUUCCUUCUGGGCUUUUUCCAAGAAAGUACCUGUUGCCAGAAGGUAUAAAAGUCUGGCUUCCCUGAGCACAGCAACCACCCUGGUGGCUUGAGGAGUCCACAGCAGCUGGCAGGGAUGAAGCUGUUUCUCUCCUUUGCCGGGCUCCUGGCAUCACUGACCUGGGUCCAAUCUACUACAUCUCCACAGACCUUGAUCCAGCCUACUGAGACUGUAGCGAAUGAAAAUAGCACCAGCGCAGAAGUCAUCCAUGAAGCUGUGAGUGAAGCCAAGGACCAAGUUAAUAGAGCCUUCUUGGCUGGCAGGACCAAGGCGAAGACAGUCAUGGAGAGCACUCCCACCCCUCUCCAGUUGUCCAAAAUCUUCAAACAGGCCACAGGCCAGACUCGGGAAGUCUUGCGCAAGGCCCAAGUAUGGGAGGAAUGCAUCAAGAUUCUAGGACAGAAGGAGCACAUGAACUUGGUGACCAGUAACAAUGUCACAGUCCCCAGCCUGGAUUUGGUGAUGCUUUCUAGGGAGGUGGGCUGUAAUGCGGUGAACCGACCAGUGAAGUGUGAUUGGAACAGCACUUACAGGACCAUUACUGGAGAAUGCAACAACAGAAAGGACCCAACACUGGGCUCAUCAAACAGAGCAUUGGCCCGAUGGCUGCCUGCAGAGUAUGAAGAUGGGAUUUCUCAGCCCUAUGGAUGGACUCCUGGGGAGAAGAAGAACGGCUUCUAUCUUCCGCUGGUACGAGAUGUGUCUAAUAAGAUAGCCAGCUAUCUGAAUGAGGAUGAUGAGUUCGACCCAUCCUGGUCACUGGUCCUCAUGCAGUGGGGACAGUGGGUGGACCAUGAUCUUGACUUUGCUCCAGAUACUGAGCUGAUGGUUAGCGAGUACACCAAAGAGCAAUGUGAUGAACACUGCAUCCAAGAAGACAACUGUUUCCCCAUCAUGUUCCCACCUGGAGACCCCAAGUUGAAUAAACAAGGACUCUGCAUGCCCUUUUUCCGUGCUGGCUUUGUCUGCCCUACACACCCCUUCAAUUCGCUGACCCGAGAGCAAAUCAAUGCCUUGACUUCCUUCCUGGAUGCUAGCAUGGUUUAUGGGCCUGAACCACUCCUGGCCAACAAACUCCGGAACACAAGUAGCCCCCUGGGCCUGAUGGCGGUCAAUGAGGAGUUCUCCGACAAUGGAUUGGCCUUCCCACCCUUUGACAACAAGCAACCCAGUCCCUGUAAAUUCAUCAAUGCCACUGCUGGGGUCCCCUGCUUCUUGGCUGGUGACUCCCGGGCCAAUGAACAUGCUUUGCUGGCAAUCUUUCACACCCUUUUCUUACGGGAGCACAACCGGUUGGCUACAGAGCUGAAGAGGCUCAACCCCCAUUGGGAUGGAGAAAAAAUCUACCAGGAAACCCGGAAAAUUGUGGGUGCAAUCACACAGGUCAUCACCUUUGAACAUUACCUGCCUUUAGUUCUGGGAGAGGAGCUAGAGAAGCAGAUUCCUGAGUACCAAGGCUACAAUGAAUCAGUGGAUCCCCGAAUUGCCAAUGUCUUCACCUUGGCCUUUAGAUUCGGUCAUGCUGAAGUUCCAUCUACUAUCCACCGACUGGAUGAACAUUAUGAGCCCUGGGGCUCAGAGCCAGAGCUUCGCCUCAACACUCUCUUCUUCAAUACCUGGAGAGUGGUAAAAGAUGGAGGAAUUGACCCCUUUGUCCGUGGUAUGCUGGCCAAGCCCUCCAAGAUGUUGAAGCAGAAUAAAAUAAUGAGCAGUGAGUUGCGAGACAAGCUUUUCCAGCCAACUCAGAAGAUCCAUGGAUUUGACUUGGCCUCUAUCAACAUGCAGAGAGGACGGGACCAUGGGCUGCCAGGGUACAACUCCUGGCGGCGCUUCUGUGGCCUCUCACAGCCUAAGACAACAGAAGAAUUGAGUGUCGUGUUGGGGAACAAUGAGAAUCUGGCUAAAAAAUUCAUGGAUCUGUAUGGGACCCCAGAAAACAUUGACCUGUGGAUCGGAGCCAUUGCUGAGCCCUUAGUGCCAGGAGGCAGAGUUGGGCCUCUCCUAGCCUGUCUCCUGGGGAAGCAAUUUAGAAAGAUCAGAGAUGGAGACCGGUUCUUUUGGAAGAAACCUGGAGUAUUCACCCCACAACAGCAAGCGGCCCUGAAGAAAGUCUCUUUUCCUCUUGUGGUCUGCGAUAACACUCACAUCACAGAAGUCCCCAUCAAUGCAUUCAAGGCCAACAGAUACCCUCGGGACUUUGUGAAAUGCUCAGACAUUGAGAAGCUGGACCUUUCCCCCUGGGUCUCUAUGAGGGAUUAAGGCAUCACCAAUAAUGAGACAUCAACCUUCUCCUGUUCAUCAAUUGUCAUUAAGAAGGUGCCCCGCCCUGUCCAUGGGCACCAUUUCAGGGAAGUUAAACCUGACUCUUUCAAGUGGCAUUUGAAGCCCUGCAGAGUCUGGUCCUAAACUACCUUUCCAAUCUUUUUUUCCAGCAUUCCCAAAAUGGUGCCUCUGAUCCAGCUAAACUGGUUGACCCUGUUUAUGGAAUGUGCCUAAUACUUCCCGUCCCCAAGCCUGUACUCAUCAUGCCUCCUCCUAUCUUUGCUGCCUAUCAAAAAUCCUGCUUGUCCUUCAAAGUCCAACCCAAGUCUAUUUCCUCAUGAAGCUCUCCCUGGCACUACUCAUGGUCUGUACCCUCCACUGAUCAAAGCCUCUCUCUAGUCAUCUUUUCCUUUGCUUGCUCAGGCAGCUUUCUAUCUGUACUUUUCUCAUCUCCCUGGAAAGACCAGGCACUCUUCUAGGGCAGGGAAAAGGGUCAAAUUCAUCCUAGUAUAGUAGUCACUCCAUAAAUAUUUCUUGAUUGAUAGAUUUGUUGAAGCUGUGACUUCAACAGUGCAAUUAUGCAUCACAGACCAGAUGCAAAGGUCUCUGGAAUAAACUUAAUAAAGAGUGAAAUCCUCACA